UGGAAAAAAUAUUUGUCUUGUCUUGAGAGUGAAAUCCUCCCAUCAAAAUCAAAACAAAUUCACCAAAAUGGCUGGUAAAACUGUCCAUCACAAUAAUAAGGAUUUACCAGUCCUCAAAGUUAUUAUGGUUGGUACUGGAGGUGUUGGUAAAUCAGCGUUGACCCUACAAUUUCUUUAUGACGAGUUUAUUGAAGAUUAUGAGCCAACCAAAGCCGAUGUCUAUCGUAAACCAGCCAAUGUUGAUGGAGAGGUUGUCAUGGUGGAUAUCUUGGACACUGCUGGUCAAGAAGAUUAUGCUGCUAUUCGAGAUAAUUACUUUCGUAGCGGUGAAGGUUUCCUUUGUGUCUUCUCAAUCCUCGAGAUUGAAAGCUUUCAAGCUACCCAUGAAUUUCGUGAGCAAAUCUUAAGAGUUAAAGGAGACGAUGUGAAAAUCCCUUUUCUUCUUGUUGGUAAUAAGGCUGAUCUCGACGACAAACGAGUCGUACCUAAGUCUGAAGCUCAAAGAUUAGCUGAUUCUUGGGGAGUGCCAUACAUUGAAACGAGUGCUAAAACUCGGGUUAACGUGGAUACCAUUUUCUACACUUUAAUGAAAGAUAUUUAUAAAAAGAAAAUGGCUGAAGCAGCUACAAGUAAUGGACCUAAAGCCAAGAAAUCAAAGAAAAAGAGAAAAUCUAAAUGUUUAUUAUUUUAAAGAUUGUUCCAUAAUUGAUUAAUUGUUCCAAUAUUUUUCCAACAACUGUUUGAUGUAGGAAACGGCUUCCAAAACUUUGGCUGAGUUCACGUUCCUUUUGUCUCCGGCCAUAUUUGAACUAUUACUUGGAAUACAAUUCUCGGGUUUAUAUGGUGGUUGGAUGACAACAUUUUUCAUCACGAUAAUAUUUUUACCCUCCCAAG